AUGGGCGCCGACAGGAGCAACGGCGCCGCCUCUUCGACCACGGAAGCCGUCGCAUCCGGAUCCGACGAGAAAACACCGCUGCUCGAGCAGUCUCCAAGAGGACCCUACGAAGACACGACGCGGCGACGCAGAUGGCUGUACCCGCAGCGCAUCUCUGAUGGCAUCGUUGCCGUGGCAGCUGUGUUGGCGACCCCCUUUGUCUAUACGGGGCAGUGCUUAGUCGCCUGCUUCUACUACGACAACGACGGCCACUUUUCCUUUUUAGCCCCUGUGUAUCAUAUUACGCGCACCUUUACACGCGGGCGCCGGAAGAAGGUGGGCGCACAUGCAGCGCGAGCCCCAGGAACCACAGGGAGCAACGAGAAGACGACGCGCAAACGCCGCAGCUCGAGCAUCAAGCAGCCCUCGGCCAAGCAGCCCGCGCGGCGCUCGCUGUCUAUUGCAUCCAACUCCACCGCCAUGACGUCCGACUCGGAGAGCGAGCGGCCUGCCACGCGCGACGACGACUACGACAGCCCGUCGCGCAACACGCGCUCCAAGUCGAGUAUGCUGUCACGGGCCGACGAGAUCGCCCCCGCAAAGAGAUCGAUCCGCAUCACACUGCACCACAACGAGGACGCCCUGAGACAGCGCAAGGCAGCAAAGAAGGCCCAGUCGUCCAAAAGCAAUUCGGUUGCAUCCGAGACGGCAGCCUCGCUCAAGUCGCCUACCGGCCCGGCAACCGUGUCGGCCAAACAGUUGACCAAGUUCCCACGCGCGCCUCAACCCCCGCGCCCGCUGGUGCCACGGCGUCAGCCAUCUUAUUCGGCCAAAGGCACAUCGGCCGUCGGGCCGCACCAGAAAACGCUGAUUAUCGAUCUCGAUGAGACAUUGAUCCACAGCAUCGUCAACGGCGGCCGCUUCCAGACGGGCCAUAUGGUCGAGGUGAAGCUGCAGGCAUCGGUAGGCGCGGGCGGGCAGGUCAUUGGCCCCCAGGUGCCGCUCUUGUACUACGUCCACAAGCGGCCGUACUGCGACGACUUCUUGAAAAAGGUCAGCAAGUGGUACAACCUGAUUAUAUUCACCGCAUCGGUCCAAGAGUACGCCGAUCCCGUCAUUGACUGGCUGGAAGUGGAGCGCAAGUACUUUGCGGGAAGAUACUACCGGCAGCACUGCACUGUGCGCAACGGGGCUUACAUCAAGGACCUUGCGCAGGUCGAGCCGGACCUGAGCAAGGUCAUGAUUCUUGACAACAGCCCCUUGAGCUACGUCUUCCAUCCAGACAAUGCAAUUCCCAUUGAGGGCUGGAUCAGCGACCCGACGGACCACGAUUUGCUGCAUCUGAUCCCACUGCUCGAGGGCUUGCAGUAUGUCACCGACGUGCGUGCACUGCUUGCGCUGCGGCUUGGCAUGCCAGCGUCGGCGUAG